AUGGCCGCCCCGGCCCCGGCCCCGGCCCCGACCCCGCGCACUGGCGAUCGCCGGGCCGAGCUCCCGGAGGGCGCCUGCUCGCCGUACGGCAAGCGGGCGGGCCGCAAAGCCACCACCGGCUGUCGUAAAGCGGCGCGGGGCGGGGAGGGAACCGCGGACACCGCCCCGGGGUGGGGGCGUGAGGGGCCCGGGGGCAGCCAGCAGGGAGCCGUCCCUGAGGAGAGAAAGAAAGAAGGAAAAGUGUCAUCACCUCGGCCGGGGGGCGGCUGGAGCCCUCCGGUGGUGUGCGGGGUCCGGCACGGAGGUGGCACCGGUGGGUGUCUUGCAGAGAGGAGCUGCGGGAGAGGUCUGCCCUUGGCCUGGGGCGGCGGGGGCUGCAAGAGGAACAGAGCACAGUGCUGUGGCGUUAGGAACGUGAUGGUACAGAUAUUCCUCAUCCAGAGCCUUCUCACACGCCAGAUUCGUUUUUUCAGAAAAAGCAGUUUUUCUUCCAUCCCAUUUUUCUUGGUUUUUAUUCACAACAGUCAAGCAUCCACCUGUCUGUCUAGUUCUAGUCUGAAGUCACAGUUUUGGAAACUUGGUAAGAUGGCAGUGAGACCACGCCAGCCUUUAGCCCUAAGUUUGUUGCGCUUGCCUAUCAGAGCUAAAGGAGAACUAGAUGUGCCCCAGCUUGGACAUGACUGUGAGCAUGUUAUGUUGGAUGAAGAAGGCAAAGCCAGAGUUACAAAAUGCCACACUUGCUAAGGAAGAGGAUAUUUUGGAGACUUCUAACAUGUUUUGAGUAUGGUCUUUUUUCAGGGCUUCUUUAAGUGCCAUGUGUUGCUAGGAGGUAUAUGAUAUAUGAAAUAUUCUUCUACCUGCUGCUAGCUAAAGGGAGAAACAGUUGCUUUCCCUUUCUUAGCACUGCCUGUCUCUAGAGUACUUUGGCAUGGGUGAUGGGUGUCAGCAUUGUAUCUCUUGACUCACCACAGUGCCUAAAUGCUCCCACUAAACUUUCCAAAUCUGUAUCAGAAUUAAAAUAAGUUUUCUGUGCAUAAAUUUGCAAAUAGCUGCUCUAAGCUUGUCUAAAUCUAUUCCCUUUUCCUCCUCUGCUGCUCAGGAAACCUGUAUGCAGUGCAGAAAGGGACUGGCUCUUUAAAAGCUAUGUUUAAGUUCAUGUCAGUUCACAUUUCAACAUACAAAGUUAGUAAACACCUAUGUAUCUGAGUAGCUUUAAUAACAAGUGCCUGAAGGGUCAGAGCUGUGAUAUAUUAUUUCUGAAACCAUAAGGUUUAUGAAUUUUUACCUUUAUAUAGGUUGUGUUCUCCAGAAAUUAAUCAUCUAGAUGCCUGUCUUGGCAAAUAGUGUUUUAAGUCUUGCCAAAUGCUGAAAGUUGAUUUUGUUCAGGUUCUGUACAUAAAUAUUAAUCUUGUGCUCAUUACACAACAGGUAACUUCAUGGGUUUUAAGCCUUGGUCCUUCAAGCUACUACAGCUAGAGCUUUAUGGCCACGUUGGUGGCCAUGUCGACACAGGGGCACGAUGCUGAAAUAAUAGUUAUUACUGCUGGUUUAUAGGAAGCAGGAAUCGGGCAUCAUUAGGAAUAUCAAAAUCAAACAAAAACAGAAAAUGCAGAAAACCUCAUGGAACCAGAAUUUAUAUGUUUUUUUCCCCACAAAUAAAGUUGGCAGUGACUUCU